AUGUUUGCGUUCCCCAAAAUACACAGCUUCCCGCCCUUCUACACUCAACAACAGAACUCCACCGUUCGCGAAAACCAACUCAACGAAUGGGGCCAGCUCAUUCUCGCCUACUGCCAACACCACCGCAUCCUCACGAUCCUGCCCUCAGGAACGGCCAUGGCCACACAGGAAGAGGCGGAAAUACCGCCGCUCUUCGAGAACAAACUGAUUGAACGGAGUGCGGCGCCUGAGUUCCGCCGUAGCAUCCUAAACCACUUGAUCCAUAAACUCGAUCGCGCCCAGUACGUGGACCCAAAGCAGCAGGAUGCAGGCAUCUUGAUCUUUUGGCGUACGGCCGACGAGUGGGCCCGGAUGCUCUAUGAACAGAUCGAGAAGACGGGCCAGACAAACUCUGUGCUUACGGUGUAUGAGUUGACGCAGCUGGACGAGUUGGCUGCGGGCGCGGAGUUUCGCAAUAUGGACUACAAUAUGUUGGCGCGCAUAGUCGAGGUGUUGGUUCGUCAGGGAAAGGCCCAGGUUCUCCGUUCUGACGAUGGCCUGGGACGUAUUGAGGGUGUGAAGAUGUUGUAG